AUGGCAGGUAAUUGGAAGAUGCUUCACAUUGUUGAUCUAGCCUCCAAUAAUUUCACUGGCACACUAUCUAGAUCACUCUUGCAAAGUUGGCCAACAAUGAUGGGUGGUGUUCAUGUAGAAAACUUUGGCAAUUUAUUCUCUCGUGUGUUUGAUGAUCAUGGUAAUGUGCACUUCAAGGAUAGGUUGCCAACCUUCAACAAAGUUAUUGCUAAAAGAUUAGCUAAACUGCUAGCAGGGAUACCUCAGAAAACGAUUGAUCACAUAUAUUCUUAUUCUGCUUAUUCUAACCAAUUACAAUAUGGGGGAGCCUACCUUGAUUCAGCUACAGUUGUCAACAAAGGCUUGCAAAUGAGGUUUGUCAAGAUUCCAGCUGUGUUCACUUCAUUGGAUGUUUCAUCCAACCAUUUUGAAGGUCCAAUACCAGAAGAGCUUAUGAGUUUCAAAGCACUCAUUGUUCUUAACUUGUCACACAAUGCUUUCUCGAGCCAUAUCCCUUCAUCACUUGGAAAUUUGACGCAAAUUGAGUCCUUAGACUUGUCAAGUAACAGUUUGAGUGGAAUGAUUCCCACAGAGACUGCAAGUUUAUCUUUCCUAUCAGUUUUGAAUCUCUCCUAUAAUCAUUUGGUUGGAAAGAUUCCGACAGGUACUCAAAUUCAGACUUUUGAAGCAGAUUCUUUUGAAGGAAAUGAAGGGCUAUGUGGACCUCCACUGGCUAAGAUUUGUAGUGAUGAUGGCCUUCCUACACCAGCAUCAUCAUCUGUAGCUUCUGAAACAGAGAGAUCAAUUCAGUGGAACUUUUUGAGUGGUGAGUUGGGGUUCACUGUUGGCUUUGGAUGUGUGAUUCUUCCCCUUCUUUUAUGGAAGAGAUGGAGGUUGUGGUAUAGCAAGCAUGUGGAUGAAUUGCUCUAUAGGAUGUUUCCUCAACUUGAUUUUGUAUAUGAAUUCCAUGGAGGGAAGAAAUACAGAACUCUAAGGUAA